AUGUCUAAAGUUGAAGCGCUGAGAGCUUUGGUGAAUCUGCGGCUAAACGCUGCGGCUGAGGAGAUAUUUGCGCUUUUUGAAAGAACCAUAGCGGAAUAUGAGGAGGAAGUGCGGAGAUCUAAAGCGGAGAACCAGAGAAAACACGAGCCCAAAGUCCUGCUCAUAUUCAAGAGUCCCUCUGCCAGCCCCGGACUGAUCCAGGGACUAAAGCAUCAGGGGGACAGCACACAGUGUCCACAGGUUAGACACGAGACACAGGAGCCAGAGACAGAGGAGCCAGAGGACACACGGGAGACAGAGGAACAGAGCGUCAAACAGGAGGACGAACCACUGCCUGUCUCACUGUCCAGAGUCUGUGAGAAGACCAGAGAGUCCUCGUUUCAGCCAGGACAGACUGAGAACAGAGAGGAGACACGGGGACAGGACACACGGGAACAAGAGACAUGGGGACCUGACGCAUGGAGACGGGACACAUGGAGACAGCACGCACAGAGACUGUUGACAGGGGGACAGGACGCACGAGGACAAGAGAUACAGGGACAGGACACGAGCGCAGCUACACAUUUACAGCUAAAGACAGAGAGAGACACGGGCAUGUCUUCUGCCUCUGACCUUGAGGAGGACUGGACGGCUCCUUUAAGCUGCUCGGACGCACAGAUGGACACCGAGGCUUUUGGACACAGCAACCACCAAGUCCACAUCGGAGACACGGCCGCAGAAGACUCGGAUCUGUCCCCUGAACCGCGAACGAGUGGAGACGUGUCAAAGAGGAAGAAACACCAGUGCUAUUUUUGUCAGAAAAUAUUCAAGUCCAAAAAGGGAUUACAAAGACACAUUCGAAUCCACACGGGGGACAAACCUUACAGCUGUCCAGUCUGUGACCGGAGGUUUGCUCAGUUGUCCGGCCUCACGGUGCAUAAAAGAACUCACACACAGGAGCAACCUUACAGCUGUUCAGUUUGUAUGAAGAAGUUCUCCCAAAGCUGUAAUCUGCAGAGACACAUGAGAAUCCACACGGGCGAGCGUCCUUACAGCUGCCCCGUCUGCAAGAAAGGAUUUAUUCUUAAACUCUCACGGGACAGACACGUGGGGACGCACAGCAAACAGAAACCCUCAGAUCACAUUAAAAAACGACGAAGUAAAAAGACUAAGGACAAAACCCCACAAACGAUGGACGUCCCGAUGUGUGACGUGUGAUUUAAG